AAGAGUUAAGGACUUCAAGUCGCAUUUGCAUUUGUUAGAGACCAAGACAACUCCCCCAAAGUGGUUAAACUGCUUCAAUUUUGGAAAUUUGAUCGGCGACAAUUUGUUAAAAUAGUGGGAGUUAAGCCCGCCUUAACCGGAAGCUGUAAAUCAGAUGCCUUCAAAUUAAAGUUACGGUUGCAGCGUAACAGGGGUGACGUAUUCGUGAGGGUACGGAGACAUAUUUCAGUGUUCCCGCUCACACGGACUAAUGAAGAAUGAAAAUGUGUCCGUGAGGAUUGUGGGAUUUCACUCAUCUUGUUGAGGCGGAGGUCAAGCGGCGUGGCCAUGGCCUUGUCAUUUUGCGGCAAUGACGUGAACAAGAGCGGCUACAGCGUGGACGACGGCAUGCUGAACAACGGCUGCUUUGUGGACGCCCUCAACCUGGUGCCUCACGUCUUCCUGCUCUUCAUCACCUUCCCCAUCUUGUUUAUCGGAUGGGGCAGUCAGAGCUCCAAGGUGCAAAUCCAUCACAACACAUGGCUGCACUUCCCAGGACACAACCUGAGGUGGAUCCUCACCUUCUCGCUACUCUUUGUUCACGUCUGCGAGUUUGCCGAGGGCGUGGUGUCCAACAAAAUGAUGGACACCAACCACCUGCACCUCUUCAUGCCAGCCUUCAUGGGAUUCGUGGCGGCCACCACGUCGGUGGUCUACUACCACAACAUCGAGACCUCCAACUUCCCCAAACUUCUCCUCGUGCUCUUCAUCUACUGGGUGCUGGCCUUCAUCACCAAGUCCAUCAAGCUGUGGAAGUUCGCCAUGUACAAGGUGGACAUGCGCCAUCUGAGAUUCUGCAUCACGGCGCUGCUGGUGCUGCUCUACGGUCUGCUCAUGGCCGUCGAGAUCAACGUGAUCAGGAUCAGGAAGUACGUCUUCUUUGCCAAACCUCAGAAGGUGAAGCCCCCCGAAGACUUGCAGGAUCUCGGGGUCCGCUUCCUGCAGCCCUUCGUCAACUUGCUCUCAAAGGCGACGUAUUGGUGGAUGAACCCCCUGAUUAUCGGGGCACACAAGAGGCCCAUCGAGCUGAAGAAGAUCGGCAAGCUGCCCAUCGCCAUGCGGGCGCUCACCAACUACUUGCGACUCAAAGACGCCUACGAGGACCAGAGGACGGCCGAGAACCCGGAGCGGGCGCCGUCCAUCUGGCGCUCCAUGUAUCGGGCGUUCGGGCGACCCAUCCUGCUGAGCAGCACAUUCCGCUACCUGGCCGACCUGCUGGGCUUCGCCGGGCCGCUCUGCAUCUCGGGCAUCGUCAAGAACCUGACGCUCGAGGAAAGCGGACGCUCCGCUCCCAACAAGACAGGGGACACUUACUUUGACGUCCACUUCAUGCCGUCGAGCGAGCUGCUCCAGAACACGUCGGUUCUUGCCGUCCUGCUCUUUCUGGCGCUGGUGCUGCAGAGGACCUUCCUGCAGGCGUCCUACUACGUCACCAUAGAAACUGGCAUCAACCUACGCGGAGCCCUGCUGGCGAUGAUUUACAAUAAGAUCCUGCGUCUGUCCACGUCGAACAUGUCCAUGGGCGAGAUGACGCUGGGGCAGAUCAACAACCUGGUGGCCAUCGAGACCAAUCAGCUCAUGUGGUUUCUCUUCCUAUGUCCCAACCUGUGGGCCAUGCCCGUGCAGAUCGUGAUGGGAGUCAUCCUCCUCUACUGUCUGCUGGGCUGGAGUGCCGUCGUCGGGGCGUCUGUCAUUGUUCUCCUGGCCCCGGUUCAGUACCUCAUUGCCACCAAACUGGCAGACAUGCAGAAGAGCACCCUGGAGCACUCCACCGAUCGCCUGAAGAAGACCUCGGAGAUCUUGAAGGGCAUCAAGCUGCUGAAGCUGUACGCUUGGGAGAAUAUCUUCUGCGACAGCGUGGAGGAGACGCGGGGCAAAGAGUUGACCAGCCUCAAGACCUUCGCCUUCUACACAUCCAUGUCUAUCUUCAUGAAUGCCGCCAUUCCGAUCGCUGCUGUCCUGGCGACUUUUGUCAUGCAUUACUUCAUCACCAAAAGCGGUCCGAGUCCCGCGGAGGCCUUCGCCACGCUGGCGCUCUUCAACAUCCUGGUCACGCCACUCUUCCUGCUCUCCACCGUCGUCAGGUUCGCCGUCAAGGCGCUCAUAAGUGUCCAGAAGCUUGGUGAAUUCCUCCAGAGCGACGAGAUCGGAGACGACAGCUGGAGGAACGGAGAGAUGUCCGUUCCCUCCGAGGCAGCCAAGAAGCACCCCGGAGCGACCAAAGCCAUCAACCGGAAGCAGCCUCGACGUUACCAGAUGGACAACUACGAGCAGCCGUCCAGGCGGCAGAUGAGACCCAGUGAGACGGAGGAUGUGGCCGUCAAGGUGAGCAGCGGUUGCUUCACCUGGGGAAGCAACCUGUCCACGCUGGCCGACAUCAACAUCCGCAUCCCGACAGGCCAGCUGACCAUGAUUGUGGGCCAGGUGGGCUGCGGGAAGUCGUCGCUGCUGCUCGCCAUGCUGGGCGAGAUGCAGAGCAUCAGCGGCCGCGUCCACUGGAGCAACAAGAACAGGUACUCGGUGGCCUACGCGACUCAGAAAUCGUGGCUGCUGAAUGCCACCGUGGAGGACAACAUUACCUUCGGGAGCCCCUUCAACAAGCAGAGGUACAAGGCGGUGAUCGACGCCUGCUCUCUCCAACUGGACAUCGACCUGCUACCCUUCGGAGACCAAACGGAGAUCGGAGAACGAGGCAUCAAUCUGAGUGGCGGGCAGCGUCAGAGGAUCUGCGUGGCUCGAGCGCUCUACCAGAACACCAACAUCGUCUUCCUGGACGACCCCUUCUCCGCCCUCGACAUCCACCUGAGCGACCACCUGAUGCAGGAAGGCAUCCUCAAGUUCCUGCAGGACGACAAGAGGACCGUGGUUCUCGUGACGCACAAGCUGCAGUACCUCAUCCACGCCGACUGGAUCAUCGCAAUGAAGGACGGCUCCGUGCUGAGAGAAGGAACUCUGAAGGACAUCCAGAUGCACGACGUGGAGCUCUACGACCACUGGAAGACACUCAUGAACCGGCAGGACCAGGAGCUGGAGAAGGACAUCGAGCAGGACAGCCAAACCACGCUGGAGAGGAAGACCCUCCGACGAGCUUUCUAUUCCAGAGAUGUCAAGAAUCAAGUGGAUGAUGAGGACGAAGAGGAGGAGGAGGAAGAGGAGGAUGAAGACAACUUGUCCACCACCACAAGCAGAAGAUCCAAAGUCCCGUGGAAAGUGUGCUGGUGCUACCUGUCCUCCGGUGGCUUCUUCAUGGUCUUCCUCAUGAUGUCCUGCAAGCUCCUCAAGCACUCGGUCAUCAUGGCCAUCGACUACUGGUUGGCCAUCUGGACCUCCAACCACGCCAACCACACCAUGGUGCCAAGACCCAACGGAACGUGCGAGGUCAUCGAGGUCAACAGAAGCGCCGUUGACUCGAAGGACUCCUUUUACCUGACGGUGUUCAUGGUCCUGUGCGCGGCUGGGAUCACGCUGUGCCUCAUCACCUCGCUCACCGUGGAGUUCUUGGGGUUGUCUGCAGCCACCAACCUACACCACAACCUGCUCAACAAGAUCAUACAUGCUCCUCUCAGGUUUUUUGACGUCACCCCCCUGGGGCAGAUCCUCAACAGGUUCUCGGCUGAUACCAACAUUAUUGACCAGCACAUUCCUCCUACCCUGGAGUCUUUGACGCGAUCCACCUUGCUUUGCUUGUCGGCCAUCGGCGUCAUUUCCACCAUCACGCCCUACUUCAUCGUCGCCCUGGUGCCCCUGGCCGUGGCCUUCUACUUUAUACAGAAGUACUUCCGUGUGGCCUCCAAAGACCUUCAGGACCUGGAUGACUCCACCCAACUUCCUCUGCUAUGUCACUUCUCCGAGACGGCUGAAGGUCUCACCACCAUCAGAGCCUUUAGACACGAGGCUCGCUUCAAGCAGCGCAUGCUGGAGCUGACCGACACCAACAACACGGCAUACCUGUUCCUGUCGGCCGCUAACCGCUGGCUGGAGGUGCGCACGGACUACCUCGGUGCCGUCAUUGUGCUGGCUGCGGCCGGGGCGUCCAUUUGGGGUUUGGAUUGCGGUCAGCCAUCUGCAGGGCAGGUGGGCCUGGCUCUCACGUACGCCCUGACGGUCACCAACUACUUGAAUUGGGUGGUGAGGAACCUGGCCGACUUGGAGGUGCAGAUGGCGGCGGUGAAAAAAGUCAACAGCUUCCUCAACACGGAGUCGGAGAACUACGAAGGCUCCAUGGAUGCUUCUCAGGUGCCCGAGACGUGGCCUCAGGAUGGAGAGAUCAAGAUCCAAGACCUGUGCGUGCGCUAUGACCCCAUGCUCAAACCCGUGCUCAAGCACGUCAACGCCUACAUCCAACCGGGCCAGAAGGUGGGAAUUUGCGGCCGCACGGGAAGCGGCAAGUCCUCGCUGUCCUUGGCCUUCUUCAACAUGGUGGACAUUUUUGAAGGAAAGAUCGUCAUAGACGGGAUCGACAUCUGCAAACUUCCCCUGCAGACGCUCCGCUCUCGGCUGUCCAUCAUCCUGCAGGACCCCAUCUUGUUUAGUGGCUCCAUAAGGUUCAAUCUGGAUCCGGAGCGGACGUGCAAUGACGAGCGCCUGUGGGAGGCGCUAGAGAUUGCUCAGUUGAAGAACAUGGUCAAGGCGCUACCGGGAGGACUCGAUGCGGUGGUGACGGAGGGCGGCGAGAACUUCAGUGUGGGUCAGCGGCAGCUCUUUUGUUUAGCUCGGGCGUUUGUGCGGAAGAGCAGCAUCCUCAUUAUGGACGAGGCCACUGCCUCCAUCGACAUGGCAACGGAGAACAUCUUACAGAAAGUUGUGAUGACGGCAUUUGCGGAUCGGACAGUCGUCACGAUUGCUCACCGCGUGUACACCAUCCUGACGGCCGACUUGGUGAUCGUCAUGAAGCGUGGGAACAUCCUGGAGUACGACAAGCCUGAGACGCUUCUGGAGCAGGAGGACGGCAUGUUCGCCUCCUUUGUCAAGGCCGACAUGUAGACGCACGGGGAAGCACCGAUAUGGACGACAAGGCACGUUUGCCACUGGCGCAUAUGGGAAUGAUUAUCAUCAAUUGGCGCGGGUCAAGCGCCCCAACGUUUGAGUUUGAAUUUUGCUCACCUUUGUUUCUUUCAAACCGGAACUGCGCCAAUGAAUCGAUGCGAGCAAUAGAACGCUCAUCCUGUCUCUGAAUGACCAUGUCAACGACUGUACGUCUAUUUUAGAAUCAUCUGGCUGUUUCUUGUGUAAAUUUCGGCCAUUUUCACGUCGUUGUUGGAGGCAAUUCACCCCAUGUCACAUUUUUUUAUUGGACUCAAGUUAAGGCGACGGAGAAGACGUGCUUUGUUUACUUGUCGGAUCUUGUGUGACAUCUUGGUGAAUUCACAAGAUGACGUAAGUGUUUUCUUUGUUGUUGCUUUUUUUUUUUUAACCUCGUGCAUCACGUCUUUCUUUGGUUACAAUUCAACAUUUGUUACGAUGCAAUUGAGGAAUGUGCAUUAAAGUCCUUUUAUAAUCUUGCAA